AAGCCGCACCCAAAAGCCACAACACACACAGCAAUCAGUGCGUCAGCAAGACACAACACACACACAAAAAAAACAAAGGCCGGUACGUGUAGGUCGAUCGAGAUGUUCCCAUUGACGGAUUCCCCGAAAUGCGUUGCUUUCAGGUCAAAGCGCACCGGCAACUACCUGCGUAGCGUUGCUUUCCGGAGCCAGGAGGGCAAGUUCUUCGCUGAUCAGAGCAGCGCCGGCGACGGCGACAACGACGUCCUAGCAAGCCCGUACGCCAGAUUCUACCUGGAGCCAUCCAAGGAGCACGAAGGGCUCAUCCAUGUCAGGUGCUGCUACAACAACAAGUACUGGGUGGCCAAACAUGACGGCGACGGCAGUGGAUGUGGCCACUGGAUCAUUGGCAUUGUCAAUGAACCGGACGACGACCUGUCCAAGCCCUCCUGCACGCUUUUUCAGCCCGUCCCUCUCACGGACAAGGAUAGCAAUCUAUCUAUCAGGUUCCUGCCUCCCCAGCACCAGACACCAAGCUCUGAAUCUGAUAUGGAGAAGGAGACACCCCAAGAAGCCUGCUACUUGCUUCUGGGAACUGGAGCUGAUCAAGAAAAACCUGUCCAUGAGUUCACCGUCCUUGAUCUGUCGCAACAGCUGGUGUUGCCAAAAUAUGUUGCUUUCAAAGGCGACAAUGACAAGUACCUCAGCGCGAGGGUCAUCCAGAGAUACAAUUACCUGGAGUUUGCAGCAACUGACAUCGCAGAUCCAACUGUGCUCAACAUCAUUCACCCAAACUACGCGGAUGGAAACAUCCGCGUAAAAUCUAACCAUUUCGACAGGUUCUGGAGGCGGAGCCCGAACUGGAUCUGGGCCGACUCCCCCGACACCCACAGCAGGAACCGCGACACGCUCUUCAGGGUGGUCCAACUGUCCGGCUACAUCGGCCUCCAGAACCUGGGGAACUACAACUUCUGCAAAAGGCUAACCGCCGACAGGAAGAAGAACUGCCUCAACGCCGCCGUGAGUAGCAUCACGGAGGAAGCCAAGAUUCGGGUGGAGGAAGCCGUCCUUUCGCGGGAGAUCUACAAUGUGGAGUUCAAUCUCUCCGAAGCCAAGAUCUACGGAGAGAAAGCUCUCAGCAUACCCAAUGUGCAUUCUGUCAACCGCACCAGCGAGCCGAACAAGAAGACCCUGACCCUGAAAUACGAGGAAACGGAGAGCAAGACCUGGAGCUCGACUGUUAGCAUGAAGAUAGGCGUCAUGGCCAAGUUCAGAGCCGGGAUCCCAAUCAUAGCGAACGGGAAGAUUGAGGUAUCCACUGAAUUCAGCGCAGAGUACGAGUGGGGAGCAUCCAUUGUGAAAACGACAACCCAGGAGGUCAACUACGAGGCUGUGGUGCCUCCGAUGACCAAAGUGACGCUGAGAGCGGCUGUGACGCAGGGUUCAGUUGAUGUCCCCUUCUCGUACACGCAGAGGGAUGUUCUGGUCACAGGAGAAGUCGUUACCACAAGGAUGGACGACGGCAUGUUUUCUGGUAUCAAUAACUACAAUUUCAACUACGAAACCACCGAAGAGAGCAUCGUCUGAUCGAUGUGAAGAAGAUGCAUGCAUUAGUUAUCCCCUACCAAACAAAUAAAGCCAUUCCUGCUAGCUUUGGCCUUAGCCUGGCUUUGCUGUGUGGUGAUCCAUUGUGUACUGUUAUUUUAGCCUAUGUAUGUCUUAUUUGUGGUGAUUGCGUGCA